AGAAGAACAUUUUUUUUAUUUGAGUUAAGUCUUAACCUAUUCAUAGUUUUGUUGAUUCACAUGCUUUUAAGAAAUGUGUUUUUCAUAAAAUAGGAGCACAAUUACUUUUUAUGACUAACUUAAAGCUGUGGUAGGUACUUUAUUCCAUAAUAAUCUUUCAGGAUAUUGUAAAUCAAGUGUUCUGAGAGAAAACUCUUCUACACCUCCUCUUGGCUCUGCAUUCAGGCUUUAGAUAAUCUAGACAGGACGGGAGACUUUGGUCAAUUACAGGUCAGAGAGCGUUCCUAUUGGCUGUUCUGCCCACGUAUUGCCCGUGCGACAGAGAGGGGAGAAGGAGAGCUGCAGGAAGAGAUCUUCCUCCUACAGAUAAGCUCAUUCAUGAUUAAUCUGCUAUGUAUCCGCCUUUAUUAUCACAUAUUGGCUUUAAAAGCUCAAAGUCAGACCCAAUGACUUCAUAUCUGUUAUCAAGAAUUCACAGCUUGUCAUCUGUUGCUCCAGUAAUUUGGCAAACUUGCUUAACAUCACGUCUAAUCAAAUGUUGCUUUAUGACUCAUUACAUUAUUUCUGUUGUAUUAUCACACUAUGUGUACUUCUUGGGACAGAUACAUAACACGUCUGUUAUUAAUGAUUAAUUGUUUCAUAGAGGGCAGACUAGGCGCAGUGUGUUUUUUACAGCACAGCAUUUGACAGCCGGGAUUAGGAGGACGCACAAUGACGGAAACCGACGUUGUCCAACUCAAAAAUUUAGCCCACACCAACGGAAAUGGUGUGGACAACCAGGCUUUUGAAAUCGAGGAGGACAACAUUACUGAUACUAGCAGCGUCAAAAGCCAGACAAAAAAGACAAAAAAGGGUUUGGGAUCAUACUUAAGCCAAGUUUCCAAGCCGAUUAAUGCCACAGAGGAUUACAUCAAGGCUCACUCAAAAACCUUCAAAUACGUUGUACUGGGCUUACUUGGAGCAGGUUAUGUGGCAUACUUCAUUGCAGCCUGUGUAUUGGAUUUCCAGAGGGCCAUCGCUCUUGUAGUCCUAACCAGUUUGGCUGUUGUUGCUAAAUCAUAUGAACUUUUGAAGGAGUACAAAGGACAAAGCAUCAGUCAGUGUUUUAGACCCGCAGUUAGAUGCUUUAAAUCUAACUUGAAAUGGUUAAAAUGGGUUUUCAUCUUAGCAGCUGUGGUCCUGCUUGUUCUGUGGCUGGCUUUAGACACAAGCCAGCGUCCUGAGCAGCUUAUCUCGUUCGGAGGUGUGUGCAUGUUCGUUGUGCUUGUGUUCCUCUUGUCAGCACACAGGACCGCGGUAUCUUGGAGGCCUGUGUUUUGGGGUCUCGGAUUGCAGUUCUGUAUUGGCCUUUUUGUUAUAAGAACGGAGCCUGGACUCAUAGCAUUCGAUUGGCUUGGAGCCCAAGUGCAGAUAUUCCUUAACUAUACCAAAGAAGGGUCAGGUUUUGUUUUUGGGAAUCUGAUCGAAAACAUUUUUGCCUUUCAAGCUUUGCCCAUUGUUGUGUUCUUCAGCAGCGUGAUGUCAGUCCUGUACUUUCUGGGGAUAAUGCAGUGGCUCAUUCUAAAGAUCUCAUGGGUUAUGCAGAUAACGAUGGGAACCUCUCCCACAGAGACCUUGAGUGUGGCAGGCAAUAUAUUUGUUGGGCAGACUGAAGCUCCGCUGCUGAUCCGCCCUUAUUUGAAAGACAUGACCAAAUCUGAGAUCCAUGCUGUUAUGACUGGCGGAUUUGCCACAAUUGCAGGCAGUGUCAUGGGGGCUUUCAUCUCAUUCGGGAUUGAUGCAUCUGCCUUGAUUUCAGCCUCUGUAAUGGCUGCUCCUUGUGCCUUGGCCAUCUCCAAACUUUCUUACCCAGAGACAGAGGAGAGUACCUUCAAGUCAGAGAAGAAUAUUAAAGUGGCUUGUGGGGAUGAAAAAAACAUCCUGGAGGCUGCUAGCAGUGGAGCAUCUGCUUCAAUAGGUCUUGUUGCUAACAUUGCAGCAAAUUUGAUAGCCUUUCUUGCCAUCCUUGAGUUCAUAAAUAAAGCUUUGAUUUGGCUUGGCAGUAUGGUGGGAUAUCCUGAAAUCACAUUUCAGAUGAUUUGCUCCUACGUAUUCAUGCCUGUGGCCUUUAUGAUGGGAGUACCAUAUGAUGAGAGUUUCACUGUGGCUGAACUAAUUGGCACUAAGCUCUUCCUCAAUGAGUUUGUAGCUUAUCAGAAACUGUCUGCACUGAAGAGCAACAGACUCAACGGACUUGAUGAAAUUGUUGAAGGCAACAGACAAUGGAUAUCUGUCCGAUCAGAAGUAAUCACCACUUAUUCUCUUUGUGGGUUUGCCAACUUCAGCUCACUGGGCAUUAUGAUUGGAGGCCUAUCCUCUAUAUGCCCAUCCAGAAGAGGUGAUGUCUCGUCUUUGGUGAUGAGAGCUAUGCUCACUGGGACUUGUGUAUCUCUCAUCAAUGCUUGCAUUGCAGGGAUCCUCUUUGUUCCUCCACUUGACUGUGUGAAGCUGUUUAAGGCAACUGCUUUCAAUGCCACAGAUGCAAAUUUACAAACUUGCUGUCAAGACCUCUUUGAAAGCACUAUUAACAAUGGGACCAUCUCGUUUGAAGGAUCAUGGAGCACUGUAGCAAAUGUCACUGUGUUUUUCUCUAAAUGUUGUCAGUGCUGUGGUCUUUCUAAUGUGGCAGUUUGUAAUUAGAGGAGAAAAAUACAUAUCAGUGUCUGGUUUUCUAUUGUAGUUAAUUACGUGCCUGUAUGUUUGUAUUUGUGUCACAGUUAAUGUAAAAAUGUAAAGCCUAUAUGCAUAUCUUUUAAAGAUAAAUGUAUCAUGUAUUAUAUUGUAAAUUAAUUCAGAUAUUGGCUUUUCUUUAAAUCCAAAGAUUAAAAGGACACACCUUCAGAAAUAUACCUCAUGAAAUAUUCAGGCAUUAAACGUCUGAAUGUAAAUAUUUCAAAUAGA